GUGCUCUCUCAGUAACAGAAAGUGGCCGCCUCUCCGCCGCCGCUGCAGACUCAAAGCUCAGACUCGCUCGGCGCCUUUAACCGCCAUUUUGGAGUCAGGGAACCGAGAGUCGGCAGCAGCGGCGAGAGACACGCGAAAGGGGCCACACGGGGGGGUCGAGGGUUCUGUGUAUCCAAAAUCCUGCAACCGAGGAUAAUGAAAGCAUUUACAGAAGAGUAAAAAUCCCUGCCCGGCCGGGCGGGUGGGCGUAUCCAGACUGCAUGGCAUCGGGGCAGGGCGGGCGGCCCGAGCCGGCCGUUGCGGCGGGUGGCUCGACGGGCCUGGCCAAACCUCUCUACCUGCAACGUUUGGAACGCUCCCUGAGGCUGGAAAGCUUUCUGCACCAGACGGCCAACAUCUUCAACAGAGAUGUCACUAGCGAUGAUAGCGACGACAGCGACGAUGCUUUGGGCUCUGGGCUCUCCAUCGAACCCUUGAUGGUGAAGAGGGAGCCAUGUGACCAAGGGGAGGCCUUUGUCGAAGGCAAGCCACUCAAUGGCGUUCUUCUGCAAGACCAAAAGACGGACAAUGCUAACCUGUACAAUUUCUCUAAAAUGAAGAAGAACCGGAAAUGGUUGAAGAGCCUGUUGUUGAGCGACACCACCACCGACUCGGACACGGACUCGGACGACUCGGACUUCAGUAUGUCGCGCGACGAGUUGCACGACAUGCUGAGGCUUCACCGCUACACCAGGCAGCACCAGAACAAAUUUCACACGGACCGCGAGCUUCAGCACUACCAGUUCUACAGUACGGGCCUGCUUUCCAGUCAAGACCUCUUCUAUGAGCAACAGCGCCACCUCAUGGGCCCAAAGAAGAAGAAAAUCAAAGAGGAGAAAAAAUUCAAGGCCAAGCUGAAGAAAGUGAAGAAGAAGAAGAAACGUGGCGAGGGUGACUUUUCGGAUGAGGGUCUCCCUUAUGUGGCCAAGACCUUCGCCAAGUUCUCACAGGACGCUCCGGUGCCCAUACUGAAGAAGAAGCACCUGAGUGUGGAGCAGCUGAAUGCGCGCCGACGCAAAGUGUGGCUCACUAUUGCCAAGAAGGAGAUCCCCAAGUCUUUCAAGCAGAAGACAUCUGCUAAGAACCUGGUGUUGACCAAUGCGAAAAAGUUGGCCCACCAGUGCAUGCGGGAGGUACGGCGCGCCGCCAUCCAGGCACAGAAGAACUGCAAAGAGACGCUGCCCCGUGCCCGACGCCUCACCAAGGAGAUGAUGCUCUACUGGAAAAAGUACGACAAGGUCGAGAAAGAGCACAGGAAGCGGGCCGAGAAGGAAGCGCUGGAGCAGCGGAAACUGGAUGAGGAGAUGAAGGAGGCCAAGCGUCAGCAGCGCAAGCUCAACUUCCUCAUCACGCAGACGGAGCUCUACGCCCACUUCAUGAGCGGCAAAGCCUCCGCCGGUUCGCCGGGCGGGGACGACGCCCAGGAGAAGAUUCUCAAGAAGCUGGACGACACUAGCGCGCGGCGGCAAAUCGACAUCGGGGGAGGCGUGAUGGUCAACGUGGGACAGGAGGACUAUGACAGCGAAUACUACAAGUCCCAAGCCCUGAGGAAUGCACAGGAGGCCUACCAUGUCCAACAACAGAGAAUGCGCAUGUUCGACGAAGACUCCCACGACAGCCGCUGCGCGUCCUCCUCUGCGGCCACCACCUCCGGGUUUGGCGAAAGCUACAGUCUGGCCAACCCGUCCAUCCAGGCUGGCGAGGACAUCCCGCAGCCCACCAUCUUCAACGGCAAGCUAAAGGGCUACCAGCUUAAAGGCAUGAACUGGCUCGCCAACCUCUAUGAACAAGGUAUUAACGGUAUCCUUGCAGAUGAGAUGGGACUUGGGAAGACCGUGCAGAGUAUCGCCCUGUUGGCCCACCUUGCAGAGAGAGACAACAUCUGGGGCCCAUUCCUCAUCAUCUCCCCCGCAUCUACGCUCAACAACUGGCAUCAAGAGUUCUCACGCUUUGUGUCCAAGUUCAAGGUGUUGCCAUAUUGGGGGAACCCUCAUGAUCGCAAAGUUAUUCGUAAAUUCUGGAGCCAGAAAACCCUCUACACUCAGAAUGCACCCUUCCACGUCGUGAUCACCAGCUAUCAGCUGGUGGUCCAGGACGUCAAGUACUUCCAGAGGGUCAAGUGGCAGUACAUGGUUCUGGAUGAAGCCCAGGCGCUGAAAAGCAGUACAAGCGUGCGGUGGAAGAUCCUCCUGCAGUUCCAGUGUCGAAAUAGACUUCUCCUCACGGGGACGCCCAUCCAAAACACAAUGGCCGAGCUGUGGGCCUUGCUGCACUUCAUCAUGCCCACCUUGUUCGAUUCCCACGAGGAAUUCAACGAGUGGUUCUCCAAGGACAUCGAGAGCCACGCCGAGAACAAGUCGACCAUUGACGAGAACCAACUUUCGCGACUGCACAUGAUCCUCAAGCCUUUCAUGCUGCGCAGGAUCAAGAAGGAUGUGGAAAACGAGCUCUCAGACAAGAUUGAGAUCCUGACAUACUGCCAGCUGACGUCUCGGCAGAGGUUGCUCUACCAGGCCCUGAGGAACAAGAUCUCCAUUGAGGACCUGCUACAGUCCUCCAUGGGCACGGCCCAGCAGUCCCACAGCACCACAUCGUCGCUCAUGAAUCUAGUCAUGCAGUUCAGGAAGGUGUGCAAUCACCCUGACUUGUUUGAGCGGCAGGAGACGCGCUCUCCUUUCCACAUGUCCAUCGUGCCCUACGUUUUGUCCAAGUUCCUCUACCGCCACGGCCUCCUCUGCGCUAACAGCCAGGCCACAGACAAGUUACUGCGUGUGCUGCUGUCUCCCUUUUCCCCAAAUCAUAUCCAACAGUCGCUCUUUCACAGGAGAGGUGACGAUGCAGGAAACUGUUUUUCCUUCCUGCGUUUCAUUGACGUGUCGCCGGCUGAGAUGUCCAACCUCAUGCUGCAAGGCACCUUAGUCAGGUGGUUAGCCCUCUUUCUGUCCCUGAAGGCAGCAUACCGACUAUAUUGUCAGCAGCUGUUUGCCCUCCAGGAAGAAGGCGCGCCCUCCAACCAAGGGGGCACGCCGCGGUGUCGGACACUGUCUCGCAAUGACCUGCUUUUGUGGAUACACAGACCUUCGUCCUUCCCCAACACGCAAACCAGCCCUGUGCUACGGAACCUGGUCUUCACGGCCCUCAGGCCCGGCAUGGUCGGGCACGCUGACGCAACCAUCCACUGUCGACGUUCUGCCACCUCCCGACUGUGGCCGUGCCAGCCCGCGCUUCCGCCCAAGUUCCUGCUCGCAGCCACACCGAGGGUCACGGCGGUUCCCAUGGAGCGCUACUGCGCCGAUCGAAGCGCCGAGCACGAGUGGCGGGUGACGCGCGUCGGCGGUGGUGCCGUCUUCAAAGAAUGCUUCCUCUACGGCACGCCCGACCUGGCCUCCGACUGGCGGCGCAGGUCCGGCGCCUUCUUCCCGCAACGGCCCGGUGGCGUCAUGGCCGUCUUCCCCGAGCACGGCUGGUCGUAUAUUCGGAUACCAGAUAAGGAGAGCCUCAUCACGGAAAGUGGCAAGCUUCACAUCCUGGAUAUCCUGCUGAGUCGACUAAAGAUCCAGGGACACAGAGUCCUCAUCUAUUCCCAGAUGACCCGCAUGAUCGACCUGCUCGAGGAGUACAUGGUUUACCGCAAGCACACCUACAUGCGACUGGACGGAUCCUCAAAGAUCUCCGAGCGUAGAGACAUGGUGGCGGACUUCCAGAGUCGGACGGACAUCUUUGUAUUCCUGCUCAGCACCAGAGCCGGCGGGCUUGGCAUUAACCUGACCGCAGCGGACACCGUCAUCUUCUACGACAGCGACUGGAACCCCACCGUAGACCAGCAGGCCAUGGACCGGGCCCACCGGCUGGGUCAGACCAAGCAGGUGACCGUCUAUCGACUCAUCUGCCAGGGGAGCAUCGAGGAGCGCAUUCUGCAGCGGGCCAAAGAGAAGAGCGAGAUCCAAAGGGUGGUGAUAUCCGGAGGUAACUUCAAACCUGACACACUCAAGCCCAAGGAGGUGGUCAGCCUGCUGCUGGAUGAUGACGAGCUAGAAAAGAAACUGCGCCAGAGACAGGAAGAGAAGCGGCAGCAAGAGGAGAGCAGCAAGGUCAAGGAGCGCAAGAGGAAGAGGGAGAAGUAUGCUGAGAAGAAGAAGACUGAGGAAUCUGAGAUCAAGAGGAGGAAGGAGGCAAAUGUGGUCACCUUGCACGCGCCCUCGGCCGACAACUCCAACUUGUCGGCGGACGGCGACGACUCCUACAUCAGCGUGGAGAUGGACUCGGCCAUGCCCAGCCCCUUUAGCGAGAUCUCGCUGAGCAGCGAGCUCCAGCCCGGCUCGCUGCCGCCGGACGCCGAGGCGGACGAGAGCAGCAACGACAUGCUGGUCAUCGUGGACGAGCCGGUGACUUCGGCGCCGCAGUCACGAGCCACCAACUCCCCCGCCUCGAUAUCCGGGUCCGUCUCGGACAACAUGAACGGUAUUUUGACCUCGGAUACCGUCAGUCCGGGCAGAGGGAGGUCGGGCCGUUGUCGAGGGCGCCCUAAAGGAUCUGGUGGUGGGCCCAAGUCCGGAGGUAAAGGCCGCGGACGCAAGUCAACAGCGGGCAGCGCGGCGGCGAUGGCGGGAGCCAUGGCAGGCGCGGCAGCCGCCUCGGCAGCGGCAUACGCCGCUUACGGCUACAGUGUUUCCAAAGGUGGCCUGGCUGUUUCGAACCCACUGCCUUCCGUCGGUCGCCCCGGUCCCGCCUUUAACCCCGCCAGAAGCUCACCUCCGCAGGUCAAGGGCGUCGGCACAGCUGCCGCUCCAAGCCCCGGCAAGCAGCUGGUUCACGGACACCACCAGCUUGUCAGGAAGAGUAAAGGACCUCAGUGAUGCACUCAUCGAAGUGCGCAUUAGACCACACGAUUGACCUAAUCUCACUGUGAUCUUUGAAAUGCCACCCACCCCCUCGCCCCCAUCCACAAUGGUGCCUAAACCAAUAAACAGUACAGUAUUAAUUUCAAGACAACUGCUUAUUGUCGCAAAUCACCUUCCAAGCUUAUUUUUAAUGUGGUCAAGUACUUCUCCCCAGAUUCUCCUCCAGACUUCCAAGGGCUGUCCACUGAACAGAGCGACGCGCUCCUUGUACAUCAACAACCCGAAUCCACUAGGUUAUUUAACAAUUUUGCGGACCACCCUCCAUUUCACUACUGACUCCAAAUGUUUGCAGCUUUUUUACUGAAAAAUAUCCUACUUUUUUAAUCCCUGAAGACAAGCGUGGCAGGUCUUCACAUUGGGACACUCAAGCCAGCAGGAUUUCUAUCAAUUUUUCUGUUCAUUGUGUCCUGUAAAAAUGUUCCAAAAUGAGUUUCAAAUGACAAAUGCUGCUAAUGGAAAAUGAAUUAUUUCAACGCAAAGAGUUUGUGGUCUAGGAAUUAAGUUAUUUCAGUUUAGAGUAGCCAAUUUGCUGUAACUGUGAAUAGGACAUUCACUUGUAAAAUCUGUGUACAUUGUAUCGAAGUCACUAUAUAUCUGCUGUAUCUAUAUUUUUGGGGGGAGGGGGGGCAGCUCCUGCGCUUGACGCACAUGGGUCUAUUUUGGUGUUGUGUGAGUGCCCAUAAUAGGCUUGUGUUGAAAAUGUGACGACAAGUAGAUGUUCCCCUGUAUCAUAUAUACAGUAUAUAAACACAAAUUCAUGUGUGUACAUAAUGAUGAGGGCGCCGUCGUUUUUGGCUUCCACCUAUGCCCUCCUGUCUAUUUUUAUAAGUCACGUGUAUAUUAUGAACAAAUGGAUCUGUCAUUUUCAUAACAGGAAGAAUCAUGUGGAAAUAAAGAGUGCUAAAUCCGU